AUGAAGAGGAGAAGAAAAGAUGUCAACCUCAAAGGUAGCAGAGAUGAUGCCAAAACUAAAGAAGGAGAUGAUUACCAGUCCAAAUCAGCAAUACCCAUUCAAAACCUCAUCGAUAUACUCUCUAGGCUACCCUUCAAAACCAUUUUCAAUUGCAUGUGUGUAUGCAAGAAAUGGAAGGAUCUUAUAUCAGACCCUGAAUUUGGCAAACUGCACCACAGUAGAGCGCCUGGCUCUCUCAUUCUUCGAUCCCACAGACAUGGACGUCGUCGCAGCCCUAGAAGCCUUUGCUUACUCGAUCUAGAAGCCUCUGACAUAUGCAGUCCUGAUGCAGUAGUGAAGUUCAGUCCCGACUUCGGUCUCCCAAUUGGAAACUUUGAAGUUGUAAACACCUGUAAUGGAUUGAUAUGCAUACGCCGUUUUCAGUCACCAAACCACAUUAGCAUACUCAAUCCUCUUUUGGGUGAUUAUAUCACCCUACCUCUAACGAAGAAGAAACACAAGUCUUAUCUUUUUUCCUGGUUUGGGCAUAGUCCCAAGACUGAUGAGUACAAGGUGAUCCAGUUCGUUCAUCAGCCAUUGAAAUUGGAGGUUGAGAUACACAGGGGGUGUCUCAAUUGGAUAGUUGAUGACCCUUCCAAACAAGAAUUUAUAUUCGGUCUUGAUAUUGGGCGUGAGCUGUUUCAAUUAGUUCCAGCACCUCCUCACCUUGGGCCUGAUGACAAGGACAGGACCGAGGACAUGAUGCUAGGGGUAUUAGGAGGAUGCCUCUACUUUUUUGAGUAUCCUCUUGGUGACCAUUUUGAUAUAUGGGUGAUGAAGCAAUAUGGUGUUCAGGAGUCUUGGACUAAGGAAUUCAUUAUAAAGAAUCCAAGCACGGAUAUCAUAUGGUAUUGGAACUUGUAUCGACCCAUAAGUUUGCUGAUUAAUGGGGAAAUCUUGAUGUCCCAUAAAUCCAAGGCUAUGGUUUCCUAUAAUCCAGAAGACAGAAGCUUCAGAUUUCUUAAAAUUCAUGGGAUUCAAAAUUUUGAAGCCAAUCCUUAUGUACCGAGCUUUCUUUCACUGAGGGACAUUGUUAAGGGAGAAAAUAUCAGUGUGUCAAACAUACACUCAGGACAAGGAUAUAUUUCGAAAAAGAACAUAACUGUGUUUGAGUUAACUAAGGACCCUCUUAUUCAUUGA